GUAUGGGACCAAACACGGGCAAACUGGUUGAUCGAGGAUAUAUGUCAGAUUAGAUUAAAGAAGCCAUCCGGGAUAAUGGUGGUAAGCUCUCCUUCUCCUCUGCCUGAGAGAGCCAUUUAUGGGUUUGUCCUUUUCCUCGGCUCACAGUUUGGCUUCUUUCUGUAUUGCCUGUGGGCAUUUAUACCAGAGGAGUGGCUUCAUUCCAUAGGGCUCACCUACUGGCCUCAAAAGUAUUGGGCCCUCGCUGUACCAAUCUAUCUUCUGGUUGCAAUAGUGAUCACUGCGGUGUUGCUGCUCGGAGUGAACAUGAACAACACGGCUCCACUCAACUCCCUGGACAACUUCACAGAUGUGUACGCUCAAGGACAGAAGACAACAGACAGUCACAAGGGGGGAAUACCCAGACUGAAAGAUGUUUCCAUCAGUGAAGUCAACAAAAUGUUUUAUUUCUCCCCCACGUCAUAACAAACAGGAAGUAAUUUAGCCAGAGGAAGAAUCAAGGUGAAGCAGCACGGGAUUACCCUCUGUUUAUAAAAGAAGGCUUCUGCUUUUAUUAUUUAAUAACAGAGAUAUGCUGAAUGUGAUGUAACACAAUUUCACAAUAUAAGUGACUAUUAUCAAAGUAACUUUGAUAAUAGUUAGUAAAGUAAAGAACUUGUAUGAACAAGGUGAUUUUAUUUAAUAAAUUACAUACUUUUUA